AUGGGAAAACUCAAGAAAGGCUUGACUUUGGCCGUUGACCGUGACACUGAUGACCCUCUGCGUCGUCCUCGCCCAGCCUCUCAGGAAGGCUACAAUUAUCCAGAAGAACAUAAUAAUUAUGUCGGUUCACCACACCUAAACUCAAAACGUCAACCAAUGCGUCAAUAUGGCUCUUCUGGUUCUCUUGAAGUAAGACACGAAUAUAAUCGUCAGCGGAGAGAGCAAGAGUUUUUCUCAAGCUCACAAUCUUCCCCACCAGAUCACCCUUCACCGGAAAUUUUGCAGUCUCCUCCGGGCUCUCCUUAUGAUAUCUCAGACUAUUAUCGAAAUACCAUUAUUCAACCUGAUGAUGCUCAACUUUCGAGGAGUCCUCCUUAUUCCACACAACAGCUCGGCGGAUCCAUGCGAUCUGUUCCGAAGUCUAAUCCACAACCAACAUCAUCCCUAUCACCACAUGGUUACAACUCUUCUUUAUCAAGUGACAGCGAAAACGGUCCUUCAAAAUCGAAUCCUCUAACACCACAGACGCCAUAUUCAGCCAAUUCAUUGCAUUCACCGUCUCCAAUGCGCUCCCCUAUUCCAUUACCCCGAUCCCCUGGACCUGUGCAACAGCUCUCCCAUUCUACAAGCCAAAGAGCGGUACAGCAUCCAACACAGGUUCCAAGGACUGUUCAAAGAUCACCGCAGAAUCCUAUCCCAGUUAAUGCAAUGCCUCAAAGACCUAUUCCAGUUAAUGCAAUGUCUCAAAGAUCACCGAAGAACCCUGUCCCAGUUAAUGUGAUGCCUCAAAGACCACCUUUGCAGUAUCAUCCUGACCAAAGGCUCCCCGCGCAAAAUAUGAAUAAUUCAUCUAUACAAAGAUCACCGACACAAUAUUCAAAUGGCCCACCAAACCAGAGGUCCCCUGUACCGCAUUUACCACUUCAAAGGCCCCCUCCAAAUAACGCCUUAUCUCAAAGACCUCAGAUGCCUCACUCGAAUAACGCAUUACCACAUCAAAGACCACCUUAUUCGAACGGUUCGCCACUUCAAAGACCUCUGGUACAGUAUCCAGACGAUACAUCCUUUCAAAGACCUCCAAUGCAGCAUUCGAGAAAUGUAUUACCUCAAAGGCCUCUGGAACAGCAUUCUGGUAGUGCGUCACCUCAGAGGUCUCCGAUACCACAUUCAA